GCAGCUACGAUGAUGUAGAUACCCAGCAAUCAAAACAAAUAUCGCUGUGCUACUGGAUUGCGAUUGACGAAACUGUUGAAAAUAUUUUAAUGUAAUUUGGUCAUCGUACGUUUUAAUUUUGGUUUCUUGGAUAAUAAUAUUAGCUUAACAAGUGUGGAUACUAAAUUAAAAGGAGCUGUAUGACAAUGCAUGUGAAGGAAUUCUAACGCCAUGGAUGGUAUAAACGAUAUCAAAAUCAAAGAAGAACAGCUUGAGUUGGAUUUAAAUGAUCGUCAAAAUGCUAAUACAGACGAUGAAUAUGAAGACAGCAAUGGACAAAGUGUAUGCGAAGCGUUGGAUGAUAUAAACAAUAUAACAAUCAAGGAAGAACGACUUGAGUUGGAUCCAUAUGGUCAUGAAAAUAUAAGAAUUGAUGAAUUUCAAGGCAGCGAUGAACAAAGGGCACAAGAAUACCAAGCUGAGCUUAAUUCAGCACCAGACGAAUGUACGAAAAAGCUUACGGAGGAUAAGGACCCAAUUGUAUCUCUAAGCGAUGCUAAUUCCUCAAAUACGAUAAUCAACGUUAUAACGGAUGACAAAAAUAAAAGUAUCGUUGAGAAUCACAGUACUAUAAAGAAGUUGGGCAAAAAGCCGAAGGUACGACUUGGGGAACCACCAUAUGAAUGCCCUGUAUGCCCGACAAUAAUAAAAAAUAAAUAUACUUUUCUACGUCACUUGAAACGUCACGAGCCGAACAGCGAAAAUGAUAAGGUAAAAUAUCAAUUGAAGCAUCAUGCGGAAAAGGAAGAAGGUGAAACUGAAGAGGAUAACCGGUAUAAAUGUACUCAAUGCAAGAAGACGUACAUAUAUGAAGUAAAUUAUGAGCGUCAUUUACAAUCACACCAAGAAAAGGAAGAAAGUAAGAUUUCUGAGCGUAGUACACCUGAUGAAGCUAAAAGUAAAAAUAAAAGCAUCGUAAAAACUAAGCGCCCUUUAAAAAAAUUAAAGAAAAAGCCCAAGUUGCAACUGGGGGAACCACCGUAUGAAUGCCCUGUAUGUCCGACAAUAAUGAAAAAUAAAUAUGCUUUUCUGCGUCACUUGAAUCGUCACGAGCCGGAGAGCGAAAAAGAUAAGGUAAAUGAGGAAGCUGAAACCGAAGAGGAUGACCGAUAUAAAUGUACUCAAUGCAAAAGGACGUACAGAUAUGAAGUACAUUAUGAGCGUCAUUUAAAAUCACACCAGGAAAAGGCAAAAAGUAAGAUUUCAGAGUCUUAUAUACAUGAUGUCCCUGUUGAAAAAGUUAAAGAAUUAGAUGAUUCAACUCGAAUAAAGAAAUUACCGCCUCGCAUUAUCCUGAUUGAUCGAGACAGUGGUAAUGAGAAACAUCGAAAAUCUGAAUUGACCGUAUCAGCAAGGAAAGCCCAUCACAGGAAAGCAAAAUCUAAAAGCGACUCCAAAAAUGUUGACAACGUCAGUGGCGAUGAGAUUGUUAGGGAAUCCGACGAAUCAGAUUAUCAAAUGAACAGCGAUGAAGAUGACGACGUAUCCACAGACGGUAGCGUCGUGAAAACAAUGCUUCCAAAGAAAAAACUGAAGGUGCGAGUUGAAGGUGAACCACCGUUCCAAUGCCCCAAAUGUCCGUCAUUGAUUAACAAUAAAUAUAAUUAUCUACGUCAUCUAAAACGUCACGUUGAGAAGGAAAAAGUUGGAUACAAGUUUCCAUGUACUGAAUGUUCUGCAGGAUUUCGAUUCAGAAGCAGUUUAAUAAGACAUCUGAGACUACACGGUUAUGUCGCAGUUGAAAGGAGAAAGAAGAAACCUCAAAAUCAAGAGGGUCUCCCGUACAAAUGUUCUGAAUGCCAGAAGACGUACAAAUGCGAAGCGUAUUAUAAGCUUCAUUUAAAAUCACACAAGGAGGCCUUAGAGAGAAAGAUGGAAGCGGAAGCCGAAAGGAGAGCGGAAAACAGGUUCCAUUGUUCUCAAUGUCCACUCUCGUUCAAAUAUGAACAUAUUUAUAAGCAUCAUUUACGACAACAUCAGUCAAAUACGACGAAUAAGAAGGCACUUUACUGUAGAAAAUGCGAUCUCCAGUUCGAAAGGACAGAACAAAAAAUGGAACACGUGUUAAACUUCCACAAAGAAGCUCUGUAUGAGUGUAAGUAUUGUGAUAUACAAUUCUGUGAUAUGAAUCUGCUAAGAAAGCAUAUAAAACUGCAUAAGCGUGAAGGAGAGCUGGUAAAUACAAAAAAUCCACAGUUUCUUGCAUCUGAUCAAAAUGAAAAAGAAGACGCACUUGAAGCUUCUGGAAAAACGUGCGAAACCGUGUCUCCCUUUAUUCAAGCUAGAAGUGAGAGUUGUGAACAAGUUCCUGAAUUAAAUGUAGCCACUCCAGUCGUUGCUGAUUUCACAACACUAAGCAUCAAGGAAGAGCCCCGAGACGUCGAAGAUCCUGCUGGUACUGAAAGUUCUAAGGAACGCACUGUUCCAGAUGAUGAAAUAAGCAACGACGAUCAUGAUGACGUAGCGACGGCUCACAGAGACUAUGACUUAGUUAGCAUGCGCAACGAGGCAAAAAAUCGUUUUGAAUGCGAUAAAUGUCCCAUUGCGUGUAAAACUGAGCAUGCCUUCAAACGCCAUCUAGAAGUGCACAAACGCGGUCUGAAGAUGAAAGCAGCAGCCAAAAGAAAAGCGGAAGCCGAAAGGAAAGCGGAAAACCAGUUCAAGUGUUCUCAAUGUCCACUUUCAUUCAAAUAUGAACAUAACUAUGAGCGUCAUUUACGACAACACCAGUUUAAAACGAUGAAAAAGAAAGCACGUUACUGUGGAAAAUGCGAUCUCCAGUUUGAAAACACAAAACAAAAACGGAUACACGUGUUACACUUUCAUGGAGAAGCUCAGUAUGAGUGUAGGUAUUGUGAUAUACAAUUCCGUGACAUACAACUGCUAAAGAACCAUAUAAAACAACGUAAUUGCAAAGACGAGAUGAUAAAUGCUGAAAAUCCAAAGAUUCGUGCACCUGAUCAAAAUGAAAAAGAAACCGAAGCUGAAGCUUCUGAAAAACCGUGCGAAACUGUGUCCCCGAUUGAUCAAGCUAAAAGUGAGAGUUGUGUACAAGCUCCUGAAUUAAAUGUAGCAACUCCGGUCGCUGUUGAUCACAAUGCACUAAGAAUCAAGGAAGAGCCCCAAGAAGUGGACGAUCCUGUUGAUGCUGAAAGUUCCGAUGAAUGCGCUGUACCAGACAAUCAAACAAGCAACGAUGAUAACGAUGGCGUAGCUACGGAGCACAGAGAGUAUGAUUUGAAAAGCAUGCGCAACGAGGCAAAAAAUCGUUUUGAAUGCAAUACAUGUCCCGUUGCUUGUAAAUCUGAGUAUGCCUUCGUACGCCAUAUACAAGCACACACACGCGGUUUCAAGGGAAAAACUCGGUAUCAUUGCCAUCGAUGCCCGUUAUCGUUUAGUCGUAGGCGUCUUUUCAACCGCCAUCUACAAACACACCAAAAAGAUCCGAGGUCCCGUUGUAAAGAAUGCAACAUCACGUUCGACACAGUUGUCCAAAGGAGAGCGCAUUGGGUGGCCGUUCAUAGAGUACGUCGUCAUAUGUGCAAUAUUUGUGGUAGAAAGUUCUAUGCACAAGCCAAACUGGUAAUACAUUUAAAAACUCAUCAGCCCCGAAACAUGGAAAAACCGAAGAAAAAAGAAUCCACUAUAGUCAUGACAAGAUGUCGUUAUUGCCUUGUGAUGAUCAACUCUAAAUGUAUGGAGCACCACAUUAAACAUUGCGGCCCAAGAGAUUGUCGUAUAUGCGAUGAGAAGUUUGGCAGAUAUCACCAAUUAACAUAUCACAUGAAAAAGAAGCACCCAAAUGGUUUUUUCACGUGUCCACAAUGUCCAAGAAUGUUCGUCGAUGAACUCGACUGCAGCAAACAUACCGUUAUAUGUGCACAAUACUUAUUCACCUGUGAUGUUUGCGGUUUAAGAUUAAAGUCAUCGUAUGGUUUACGGUGCCACAGAGCUAAUAUCCACAAUAUCAGAGCACCCUCAAAAGCAGCUCCAGGCGAUGACAAUAAACAAAUAGUACUCGAAGAUAGCGGCAUAAACAUCAAAACAGAAAUGAUAGUGGAGGAAACAACGCUGCAGCCUUAUGAUCAUCAGUUGAAACCCGUUACUAUGGACGACGGCAAAAAACGAGAAUAUGCAUGCCCGAUUUGUAGGAAAAUAUUUCCUUCGCCAUACAAAAGGAAUAAUCAUAAGUUGGUGGAACAUCAGGUGCCGCGUUUCAAAUGCCACGAGUGCGGGAAAUGGUAUCACAUCAAAAGUGCGCUUAACAAACAUAUUAGAGCCCACAAUAACAAAAAACAAAGAAAACUCAUUUCAGAAUCAAAUAAAAAGCCCCAUACAUGUCCAAUUUGUCAACAAGUUGUUCCGACGAAAGCACAUUUUAGAAGACAUAUUCGAACAUAUCACACGGAACGAAAGUUCAAGUGUCACAUCUGUGAGGCCGAUUUUCUCGUCAAGUGUAGACUUUUGCGCCACUUGAAGAUUCACGAGAACGAUACCGGUUCUAGUAGAAAGGGACGACGAAGAAGGAAGCGUGUUCAAGAAAUGGAGGGGGAAUCGAUUGAUCUGCAACCAAAAACGAAACGGACAAACUCUGAUGCAGAGAUUUGCGAAUGCCCCUCGCAUAAUCAGCAAGUCUCGGUUAAGCAGGAAACGAUUCUGCUGAAUAUUGAUGAAGAUUCCGAGGUUUAUUGUGUUGAGUUUCUGGAUGAAACGUCUGAGCAACCACAGCAUCCGGAAUCGGAUCCGGAGCGCUUGGUGUUCCGCUGUACAGUUUGCGAUUGGAACUACCUGAGUAAGACUGGCUUGUCGGAACAUUUGGAUCUGCAUAAGAUUUCAGAUGAAAAUAAGGAGCUACAUUGCCAAGAAACAAUGAUUUCUCAUAAGAUGUACGAGUGCAAACUUUGCAAUGAUCAGCGGCUCUACCAGGCAGACUUGUAUUGGCAACACGUUAACGAAGAUCAUGUUAAUUUGUCAGCCGACAAUAUGCCUAUCAAAUGUGAGUGUCCAAUUUGUGGUGAUAUUUUUGGCAACGACGAACUUUUGUCCCAUCAUGUAGAUGAAGUUCAUCGGACGAUUGAAUGUAGCAUGUGUGAUAUAACUUUUUUUGAUGAUGAAGAACUAAAAAGUCACGCAAGCGUACAUCAUUCAGCGAAUAGCUAUUCCUGUCCUAAUUGUUCCGAAAAAAUGACAAACGAAGCUUCUUUCAACAAUCAUAUUGAUAUCUGCUCUAAAAGCCACACCAUUCAAUCCCAAGAUGUGGAGACUGCGCAAAUCGAAACCACUGAAAGUGUUACUGAUGAAGAUGCUCAAUCUCACUCAUCAUUAGAUAAAAAUGUUGCAAAAAACACAGGUAUUAAAAUGGAGAUUGCUGUUGAAGAAUCUGGUCUUCAGCCUCUUGAUCAGGCGGGCUGUGAAUUCGUCAUUUCCGAAGUACUGCAAUUGGAUGAACUCGAGGAACAGCUUCCAGAUAGCGGGACCAAUACCUCAAAAACAAGUGUUACCCCCAGGUGGAGAAAUCAGAAACAAUAUCGAUGCUAUACAGUCGAAAAUCGAACAUUUUUCGAGUGUCUGACAUGCAAUGAAACAUUCGAUAAGUACAACUCUUACAAAUGGCACAGGACGAAAGCUCACAACGGUCUGAAAUUGUUUUGCCCACAUUGCUCGAGGCAGCUAUUCAGGACAAUUGAUUACAGACACCAUGUGUCCAAAUGUGUGCUUAAAAAGUUCUCCUGCGAGUUGUGCCAUCGAAAGUAUCCUACGAUGGAAGCUUUAAAAUUUCAUACAAAAGUAUGCAACAAGACUCAAAACCAAACAUUCAUUACACUUCCUUCGGACACGGUGCUGGAAGAACCCAUCAAAUGUGAAUGUACUGUUUGUGGGGAAAUUUUCGGCAACGAGUACCUACUGCAGGCACACAUGAAUUGUGCUCAUAAUCAAACAUUAGAAGUAGAUAUGCAAAGUCCAACCUCGGAUUUACUAUGUACCAUAGUAAAUGGUCGCACUUUUUUCGAGUGUGUUCCUUGCCAAAUUAAGUUCAGCAGUUUAAACCGCUAUAAUAUUCAUAAGGGAAAGAUGCAUAAAACGAAGUAUAAGUGCCCUAAUUGUUUCAUGCAAUUUGCGCGAAAAAGUAAUUUCUCGCAACACAAGAAACAGUGCGCUGUCAGAAUGUUGGAGCAGCUGGCAAGUCAGUCGAUUAAAUGUGAGUGCCCCGUUUGUGGGGAGCUUCUCGAUACCGGAUUGCUACUUUCCGAUCACGUUCAAACAAACCAUCAGAUGACCGUUUGCAUUUUUUGUGUGAAGACCUUCGCCAAUGAUGACGAGCUGCAUAGUCACAAGCUUACGACCCAUCCUGAGUCAACGUUGAGUAAUCACCCGUGUCCGCAUUGUAUCAAGUCGUAUAGCUCACCUGAAGGGCUCAAGCGCCAUAUGGAGAGCUGCGGUCCUCGAGUAUGCGAUGUUUGUCACCGGAAAUUUCCUAAGCACAAUUACUUUAUGGCUCAUAUGAAUGUUUAUCAUCCACAUUUGCUGCACUGUUGCCCGUUUUGCCCCAGGAAAUAUGUCGAAGAAGCGAGUUGCAUGAAACACGCGGGUUAUUGUGCUCAAAGGAAAUACGCUUGCAGUCAGUGUGGCAUCAACCGGAGAACAUUUACUCAAUUCAAACAACAUGUGAAACUAACCGGCCAUGUCGCUGAGCCGAUCAUAGAAUUGCAGAAAAUUCGAUCGCAGUUACAGCUUCCAUGCCCUAUUUGCAAAAUGGUUUUCCGUUCUGUCCACACUAGGAGAUCUCAUAUGACAACAGCCCACAGAGAGCCGCAUAUUCAGUGCCCCAAAUGUGACAAAGCGUUCCACUUCAAAUCCAGACUGUUGAAGCACUUGAUCAACCACGACGAAAAAGUAUCAAGGGUGAGUAAGCCGAAGCGCGUAAAGGUUGUUAAAGAGGCCCGGAAGGUUAGACGUAGAGCUGACAGAAAGGAGCAACUCCAGAAGAAAGGAAAAAGCAGACGGUCGGAUAAACCGAUACCAUGUACAAUGUGUAAAUCGGUGUUUUAUACUAGUUCGAACUUAAGAUAUCAUAUGAGAACAAUGCACGUGCAACCUCAUCUCCAAUGCCCAAAGUGCGACAAAGCCUUCCAUUUUAAUUCCAGACUAGUAGAACAUAUGUCCUCACAUGAAAAUAAGAAGAAAAAAAAGAAAAUGAGUGCCAUCCGUGCACAGCAACCUUUUUCAUGUUCAAUAUGUGAACUUACCUUUACCUCUGCUAACAAGUUGAGGUAUCACAAGUCCAUUUGCCAUGUAGUACCUCAACUCAAAUGUCCAAAAUGCGACAAGGCGUUCCAUUUCAAAUCUAGACUCAACGAACAUUUGCAAAGGCAUCAUGCAAAUAAAGAGGAGAAAAAAAAUUUGGCGCUUCCAUGUCCGCAAUGUGACACUAUUUUCCACUCGAGGCACGUGUUGAGGGUUCAUAAGUUAACGGCCCAUACGGAGCCUCGUUUCCAAUGUACUAAAUGUGAUAAAGCAUUUCAUUUCCAGUGCAGACUAUCGAAGCAUUUACAGUUGCAUGACAGAGCGGAAGCUUUGAAGAAGAAACGAAGAGAAGCCAGGUUACAGAAAAAACGUUUGAAAAGAAGCCUUUCUUCGAAACCCAAUCAAUUCUGCAAAAUCUGUAAUAUUGCUUUCCGUAGUUAUGAUGCAAGAAGGUAUCACAUGUCAAUAGUCCACGUGGAGCCGCGCCUCAAAUGUACCAAUUGUCCCCGAAUGUUCCACUUUAGAUCACAAUUGGAGAGGCAUCUACAGAUUCACAAUAGAUUGGAAACGAAGGCACGGUUGAAGCUGGAUUUGAAGGCACUAAUGAAGAAGAAAAGCAAACCAGUAGAGGAACUUAAAUGUACGAUAUGUAAUGCGGAGUUCAAAUCUCGACAUACAUGGAGACUGCAUAGGGCAACGGCUCAUGUAGAACCUCGAUUCAAAUGCUCAAAAUGUGAUAAAUCGUUCCAUUUCAAGUCCAGACUGUUGAAACACUUGGAAGUGCACGAUAGACUAGACUCGAAACCAAAGGAUCUUCCGAAAAUUCGACCGAAAAAGCCAAAACAAAUUCACAAGGGGAGCAGUUUUCCAUGUAAGAUUUGUAAAGUCGUGCUGCCCACCUAUGACGCAAGAAGGUACCAUUUCUCCAUGGCCCACAGGGAAGCGCGUCUCAAAUGCAACCAAUGCGAAAGGGCGUUCCACUUCCGUUCUCAAUUGGCGAGACAUUUACACAUGCACGGAAUUACGGAAUUGGGGAUUUCAAAGAUAAGAAUCAAGAAGGAAAUAAAUGCGGACGGCAACCACAUAUGCCCCAUAUGCAAUGUUGAAUUCAAACCUGGAAAUGCGUGGAGAGUACAUAGCGCAACGGCUCAUAAGGAACCUCGUUUCAAAUGUCCCGAAUGCGCUAAAGCGUUCCAUUUCAAAUCCAGGUAUUUGAAACACAUCAGUACUCACGAAAAGUUGGUAUUGAAUGCAUCGCACAACCCGCAGAUCGUGGAUUCAAUAAACCCAAAGAGCCCCAGCGACAAUUCGACGCCGACUUUCCCAUGCAAGACUUGCAAACAGGUAUUCUAUACUUACGAUGCAAGAAGGUAUCAUGUGUCCGUCGCUCACAUGGAACCGCAUAUAAAAUGUUCGAAAUGUGAGAAGAUGUUCCACUAUAGAUCUCAACUUGAAAGGCAUUUAGUCAUGCACAGUAGGAUGGAAAUAAGAGCUAGCAAGAGAAUGGAAAAGAAGGUUAGUGAGAAGAAGAAUGGUGUGAAAAAAACGAAGGAAAUUCAGACACAUUUUCCUUGCGAUAUGUGUAGAACAGUUUAUCGCUCACAUAACACGUUGAGAUAUCAUAAGGCUACUGUUCAUUCAGUACCACAACUCCAAUGUCCCAAAUGUGAUAGGGCAUUCCACUACAAAUCCAGACUGUUGAAACAUUUACUCACUCAUCAAGGUAAUAUUGUCAAAUAGUUCAACGGAUGUAUAAGGAUCGGCGGUAUAACGGAUAAUGCCAAGUUCAAAAUAUCCACUCUAAAUGUCUGGACAUGAACUGAAUGCUUUUCGUUGCUAUAACCGAUAGCAAUGAAAUUUAUCAUAUAAUUUUGUAGAUAUAGUGAAGAUUCAUUAGUUUUACUACAGUACACAAAAAUUUUCCCUGGAGGAGUGCUCGCAGCAUGGAAAAUGCAAAGCAAAAUAAGUGUCAUCUAUCACUGUGUCCUGAAAUAUUCAAUAAAUUUGGAUUUUCGUCAAUGUAACAAA